AUGACAGAAAACAACUUCCAAGUCCUGUACACCGAAGAGGGCGACAUCAAAACCGCCCAAAAGCGACGCAUGAUCUACCUCCGCCCAUUCCUCCUAUUUUACGGCGGAUCACUCAUCGGCGAAAUAAUCUUUCUCGCAGUCGGCAUCUUGAUCAUGUCAGGCACCCGUGACCUUCUAUACAAAGUCCUAUGGACACUCGUCUUCUGUCCGCUAGGCAUGGGCGGCGCUAUGGGUGGAAUCAUAAACUGCUUUAUUGUCGACCAAUAUUACGGCAAAAAAGCAGCCCAUUUCACGGCUUUGCUUUCACUGCUCGUUUUGAGUAGUUGCAAUUAUCUCUGUUAUAACCUUGAUCGGCAUUUUGGGUGGUUUGGGGCUGAAGACCAUCCGAUGUGGUUUCAUUGGCGGUAUCCGAUGAUUUGGGUUGUUGGGUUUCAGAAUGGUUUGUUGAUGUUUACUGAUGAGGGGCAAAGGAAGUUGGUCAGGAUGGGUAUGUAG